AUGAUGGACUACUUGGUUGUUCUCAAGGACUUUCGUGUAGUGGUCAUGAUCUUUCAGUACUCGGCCUGCUUUGGGGCAGAACUCGCCAUGAACAACCAGCUAGCAACGCAUUUCCGAACGUAUUUCCAGAUGGCAGCGGCUGACGCUUCGGCCUUGGCGGGCUCCUUCGGUCUGAUGAACUUGUUCGCAAGGUCCCUCGGCGGAAUCACCAGCCACCUGCUCUUCAAGAACUUCGGCUUCCGCGAUCGCAUCUGGGCACAGUUCCUGUCCCUCUUCUUCGAGGCUAUCUUCCUGUUUUGCUCCGGAUUGGUAGACAACUCCCAGCCAUGGUACGUGGCGCUGGCUGUGCUGCCGUGCUUCCGCCUGUUCGUGCAGAUGGCCGAAGGACGAUGGCAUCGUGCCAUUUAUGAACAGGCAGCAGCUGACCAUCGUUUCUGCCCUGGUCGGUGCCGGCGGUAA